CAAAAAGAAGAGAAGGGUAAUUAAACACCAAACAAAAAGCACAAAUAACAAAAGCUAAAAAAAGAGUAGUAGGGUAAGCAACACCAUACCAAAAGCUGCUCACUCACAUUCAUUCAUUCAUUCACUGUCUACUUCUUUCUUUCCUCUUAUUCAACAAUAACACAAUGAUAGAAGAACACCAACGCCGUGGACCACCGCACGGCGUUCUCUUAGCAGUGGUGAUAGUAGCAGUCAUGUUAGUACCAACACUGCUCGGAGAAAAUGGUGAAGCCAUUACUGACUUCAUCUCCGACCUUCUUACCCCGGUUGGUCUUCUCCUCCUGCCCAUUAUUCUUCUCCUUACUAUACAGUUCCUUUCCUCUGACAGUGGUUCAUUCAUCUCUAGCAUUUUCUCUACCGGUGAACCUAACUCUAUCCACCGUGUUAGUGGCUCCCCCGUUGGCGUUGCGUUCUUUCUUGCCCUCAUAUUGUUCCUUCUCUACAACCGUGUUUCCAUCUUCGGCGGCGAUGAUGAUUCCGGCGACUGAAGUUAAUAGUAACGCCGUGUUUGGUUAGAUCUAUAUUGUUAGUCAUUUCUUUCGUUGUGGUUGUCCCUUUUUCUUUUUUUUGGUUUUUGAUUUUGUUUUUUGACGUUUACUUUUGAUGUUUUUUGCGUAAAUAGUAUAGGGUAAACUAUUGUACGGACGUAGUAAACAUUGUCGACAAGCCCAUGGCAUGUACGGAAAAGUAUGAAACUGCAUGUAAGUUUCCCGAAAUGCCACUAGUGAGAUUGAUUGAUGUAUACGAGUAAGUUUCUAUUGGAUUGAUCGAACAUUCAACA